AUGGGUCGGCUCGACCGGAGUGAUACCACGGCCUCACUGGAAACCGGUGUGAAACAAUCACAGCGUUGUGUUUCGCCGUUAAAUCGUUUAAACUACUCACAAGAUAAGAAGGGAUGUUGUAAAGAUGUUGCACAGACCACUGGAAAAAAAGUAGAGCCGUGGCCCAAGACGGAACCAUCGUCAACGCCAUGGCGGGCUGAGUGCCCGCACGAGCCCCAGCCUCCCAACUAUGACCCCUACAGGAUAAAAGUGCCCGAUGUUGUCGUGCCACCUCUGCCGUCCAGCAAUGUUAAGCGGACCGGUGUGGUGUACACGACCACUGACCAGCACGGCCAACGUCACGACCCUGCCUCUGCCUACCACCAACAGCAUCAAGGACUCCCGGAUCAGUCAGGAUUUCAAUCUGGCGUCGACCAGCGGAUCAUCGAGGAUGAAGAGGCUAAAGAACCAGGCUUCUUCGACCGUCUAAAAGGCUUUUUCGGAAGACUGAAAGGCAAAGGAAAGGAAGGAGAAGGCCACACUAUGAUCGGCGGCCGCGACGAAAUUCCCAAUGAGGAUGCGCCGGAGCCCUACAAACAUGGAUUUAAUUUUCAAUCGGGUUCUAGCGUUCAAGACUUAUUUCACAACUCCCCCAUUGUGCACCCAGAUUAUUGGAAAGAUAAGCCCACGAAGAGACUGAACGAGGCAGUGAAGGAGGUGUUGCCCAAUCUGGGGUACCAUGGGAAGAACAAAUACAAGUACGCGUUUCACGAGCCUUGGAAGCCGCUGGACCGCGUAUCCUUGCUUGAGGAGGCAGAGAAACAGGAACUGGAGAACGCAGAGGACACGACCAUCAAAACAGACAAACAGGGGCUCUGA